GCAGGAGGAGUGUCUUCAGGCGCCGCGCGAGCGAUUAUUUUGAACGGGGGUCAACAUGGCGGAGGAGAGCAGCUUAAAGCACCGGCAUCACACCGGACAGAACUGCACCGACAGCCGCCGUCACGAAGGGGUGGAGCUGACCUCUGACCCGCAGCUGGACGUGUCUGGAGCGCUGCAGAUCGUCCUCUCUGACGAGGAGCAGCACCGGUUCUCUCUGGACGACGAGGCGCUGGAGAGGAUGCUGCUGCAGGAGCGAGUGAAGGAUCUCCACGCCGUGGUGCUGUCUGUAGCUGGAGCCUUCCGCAAGGGCAAGUCCUUCCUGCUGGACUUCCUGCUCAGAUACAUGUACAGCCAGGGGUCAGACGCGUGGCUGGGGGGGGAUGACGAGCCGCUGACCGGCUUCACCUGGCGGGGGGGCUGUGAGCGAGAGACCACCGGGAUCCAGGCCUGGAGUCAUGUGUUCGUGGUGGAGAAACCAGACGGCAGCAGGGUGGCCGUGCUGCUCCUGGACACACAGGGAGUGUUUGACAGUCAGUCCACCAUCAGAGACUGUGCCACACUGUUUGCUCUGAGCACCAUGAUCAGCUCUGUACAGGUGUAUAACCUGUCCCAAAACAUUCAAGAAGACGACCUGCAGCAUCUUCAGCUCUUCACAGAGUACGGCCGACUCGCCAUGGAGGAGAUCUACCUCAAACCCUUCCAGUCGCUGAUGUUUCUCGUUCGAGACUGGAGUUACCCGUACGAACACGCUUUCGGUCUGGACGGAGGAAAUCAGUUCCUGGAGAAGAGGCUGCAGGUCAAACAGAAUCAACAUGAAGAGCUGCAGAACGUCAGGAAGCACAUCAACUCCUGCUUCUCCAAGAUCAGCUGCUUCCUGCUGCCUCACCCCGGCCUCAAGGUGGCCAUCAACCCACACUUCGACGGCCGCUUACAGGACAUCGAUGAUGAGUUCAAGAGGGAGCUGGUGAAUCUGGUGCCGCUGCUCCUGGCUCCUGAGAAUCUGGUGGAGAAGGAGAUCAGCGGCUCUAAAGUCACGUGUGGAGAUCUGCUGCAGUAUUUCAGAGCCUACAUGAAGAUCUAUCAGGGUGAAGAACUGCCACAUCCCAAGUCCAUGUUACAGGCGACGGCUGAAGCUAAUAACCUGGCCGCUGUAUCAGGAGCUAAAGACUUGUACACCAGGAGCAUGGAGCAGGUGUGCGGUGGAGACAGACCCUACAUGUCUCCGGUGGAUCUGGAGCGCAGUCACGAGGAGCUGAAGCAGAGCUGCGUGCGUCAGUUCUGCGGUGUGAAGAAGAUGGGAGGUGAGGAGUUGUGCCGCCGCUAUCAGGAGCAGCUGGAGCAGGAGAUCGACGAGGCCUACGCCAGCUUCCUCAAACACAACCACGGGAAGAACAUGUUCCUCGCCGCACGCACACCCGCCACGCUGUUCCUCCUGAUGCUGCUGAUGUACGUGUCGUCGGUGCUGACGGGCUUCCUGGGCGUGAGCUCUGUGGCGGUGCUGUGUGACCUGCUGAUGGGUCUGGUGCUGCUCUCGCUCUGCGUCUGGAUCUACGUCAGAUACUCGGGAGAGUUGAGAGAGCUGGGCUGCUUCAUCGACCGGAUGACACUGACCCUGUGGGAGCAGAGGACGCCGCGGACGGUGUUCUCCAAACUGUUGGAGGUGGUGUGGUGCAGAGUGACGCGGAGCGCCGUGAAGAGACCGAGACAGAGACUGUCCUCCAACAACAACCUCAAGAAGAGGAACUAGCCUCACGCCACCGCCGAGGAUUCUGGGGCUUCACCGGGUGUCCUCUCUCUCAUCGGUGUUCACGGUGAAGCGUUCGGACGCUCUGAGCGGGUCACCAUCCACUACAGGACCUGGUUGAGAACGCUGAACUGUACCAGUGACACCACCAUCUCUCUGCUGCACAGACGAACUUCCUGUGCUUCAUCAUUCCCUCCGUCCGGACUGUGUUUCCAGAACAGACAGCUGCUCACUGACGGGCGUGGUGUGUGUGUGUGUGUGUGUGUGUGUGUGUGUGUGUGUGUGUGUGUGUGUGUGUGAUGAACAUGUGACUCGCUUCCACACACUUCCUCUGUAGCAGGAGAAAACAAGCUUCAUCUUCAUCUGCAGGAAGGAUGCUGUGAUACGUGUCCGUGCUGGAGAGAAACACACACACACACACACGCACACAGACAUACUCAUGCACACACUCGUGCAUCACUCACUCACUCUCUCUCUCACACACACACUUAGUUUUAUACCAUCUUCAUUCAUGUCUUCUGCCUUGAGCUUCAUCAUUCCAGAAUGUUUAAUUCUUUUUCCACUCAUAAUUAUAUUUAUUUAUUUUUCAAUCUGUUGAUUAAAAUGAAUCGCUGGA